UCCCUCCCUUUGGUUUGGUGGUGGCUGGAGGCCCAAGCCUGGGCCUGGGAGCCAGAGUGGGGCAAAGGCUGGUGUUCGUACUGCGUCUAUGAUGCUCGGGCCACGGGUUGUGCUGCGGCGGCUGGGUCAAGGGUUACUGCAAGCUAGAGGCGGCUGUGGUCAUGUUGAUUCAGUGGAAAGCCAGCGCUGCUUGGUACAUACAAGUUUCAUAAAGUUACAAGAACUAGCAGAAAAGGAGAGCAAUUCUACAGAACGAACAGAAGGCAAGACUUCAGCAGAUUUCAGUAUCCUGCCUCCAAUGCUAGGACAGGAGAGCCCUUUGCGCUGGGGAGGCAAAAAGUUUGAAGAGCUACACAUAGCACAUAUCAAGGCAACAUAUAAUAACACACACGUUCAGGUUACUACCCAUGAUGGACUAAGCAUGGUACGGACUUCAUGUGGUACAGAAGGAUUUAAGAAUGCCAAGAAGGGGACUCCAAUUGCAGCGCAGACUGCUGGCAUCUCAGCAGCAGCGAAAGCAACAGAUCGAGGAAUAUCCUUUGUGCGUGUGGUGGUGAAGGGUUUGGGACCCGGCAGGCUGUCUGCCAUAAAAGGAUUAAGCAUGGGUGGCCUCCAGGUGGUUUCACUCACAGACAACACGCCAAUUCCUCACAAUGGCUGCCGACCACGGAAAGCCCGCAGAAUGUGAAGCUUCACAAUAUGCAAUUGAUAAAGAGGCAUCAAUAGAAAUGCUGUUUGAUCUGUUGAAUAUUUCCAGCCUAUUCUGUUUUUAAUCCAGACCCUAAACGAGCUGCAGAAAAGUCCACAGACGGCUACCUACUGUUUAGUACUAGACUGGAUGAAAACAUUUUUAUUGCAAUUAUGUUCCAAAAACUACUAGAUGUCUGUGCUGAUUGUCUGACUGGAAUGCCAAUUUAACGAUAGAAUAAAUGUUGAUUUUGCUCUUCUCCAAGA